GUAUAGAGUGUCAGGCGAACCAAGCGUCUGCCACCUCUGAGGAGUGUACUGUAGCCUGGGGCGUCUGCAACCAUGCCUUUCACUUCCACUGUAUCUCUCGCUGGUUGAAGACUCGACAGGUGUGUCCUCUGGAUAACAGGGAGUGGGAGUUUCAGAAGUACGGACAUUAGUUCUGUUAUCGUUCAUCUUUUCUCACCUGUUCUCCUCCUGAUCCUUCUGAUCCUGCUCCCUGUGUUUGUUUUAAACUCGCUGUUUGUUUUGAUUUAUUGUAAGUACACAAAUAAACAUUACUGUUGACACACA